GGGGGGGCUUUAAUCCGCUUUGCAAAAAGCGGCGGCGGCGGCUCCAUUCUGCCCGGGCUGCCUUUGUCCUGCGGCCGCCCCCGCGCCGGCAGCCGCGAUGGCUUCGGGGGCUCCUGCACAGGUAAUGUUUGAGGACGUUGCUGUCUAUUUUUCACCGGCCGAGUGGGCGGAGCUGGCGGGAUGGCAGAAAGACCUCUACCGGGCCGUGAUGGUGGACAAUUACGAAGCGGUUGCCUCGCUGGGGCACCUGUCUGUCAAACCUGAGCUCAUCUGCAAAAUAGAGCGUGAGGAGGAGCCCUGCAUGGAGGAGCCCCUGCUGCCCCCCACAUGGAAGCGACCCCAGAGCCCCUGGUUGGGAGAUGGGAUCAGGAUGGAAGAUGAGGAAGAGAGCAAAGGGGCAGUCCCUGCCCGGCAGCUGACAGGCCAGCGCAAGGGAAGGAAGAAGGUCCACUCUUCAGGAACAGAGAAGCCUGUGACUCGGGCGACGAGCGCACCCCCCAAGGCUGAGGAGGACGCACUCCUGACGGCGACCCUAAAGACGAAGCCUCCGGAGUGCCCCGAGUGUGGCAAAAGCUUCCUGAGCAAUGUGGCGAUGAUCAUCCACAUCCGGACGCACACAGGGGAGCGCCCCUUCAAGUGCCACCUCUGCCCCAAGGGCUUCCCCUCCCGGGGGGACCUGAAGCGGCACAUCAAGACCCACCUGCGCAAGAAGGAUUCCCCGCCCGGCCCCUCCAGCCCCAAGACGAGGAAGUGUCUCACCGCCAAGCUCCAGCUCCUGCGCCAGUUGGGGGCUGCCCCAGGCCCCAAGAAGCCCCACACCUGCGCCCAGUGCGGGAAGAGCUUCAACAAGAAGCAGGACUUGCGGAAGCACCAGGGGACCCACUCGACGGAGAGGCCCUUCUCCUGCCUGGAGUGCGGCCGCUGCUUCCGGCUCAAGCAGAUCCUGGUGGCCCACAUGAAGGUGCACGUCGGGGAGCGGCCCUUUGCCUGCGAGCAGUGUGGCAAGCGCUUCAGCCAGAAGCACCAUGUGGAGAGCCACCAGCGUGUCCACACGGGCGAGAAGCCCUUCUCGUGCACCACCUGCGGGAAGCGCUACUCCCAGAAGCAGCCGCUCAUCAGCCACCUGCGUCUCCACACGGGCGAGCGGCCCUACAUCUGUGGCGAGUGUGGGAAGACCUUCCGCAACCAGGCGACCCUCACCAUCCACAACCGCAUGCACACCGGCGAGCGCCCCUACCGCUGCCUGCUGUGCGGCAAGACCUGCAGCCAACUGCAGCACCUCAAGAGCCACCAGCGGGUGCACCGCGCAGAGCAGCACCUCCUCCAGGCCGGCGACACCAAAGCCCUCGCCCUGAAGAGAGCCCGCGAGAUGAAAGAGAAGCCCUACCAGUGCUCCAAGUGUGAGAAACGCUUCCGGGACGAAAAGAUCAUGCAGACCCACCACAAGACCCAUGAGGAGAAGACGCCGCCCCUGAAAUGUGGACUCCUGCUAAGUGAAGCAAGCCUCAGGCAAAGCCUGCCACUUCCUGUCCAGCCCCAAAAGCCUCCGCCAGAGUUGAAAUCUGUUGGCAGAGGGACAGGCACCGGCAAGAAGCAGGCCGCUGCCAUCCAGCCCGGCGCGGCGACUGGGAAGCGAGCUGUUGCAUGCUCCGAUUGUGGCAGGAAGUUCACCCAGGCAAAAUAUCUCACCAUGCACCGGAGGAGCCAUACAUGAGGAAGCCUGUUUGUGUUGGAAGUUUUUUUUAAAAAGCAACCUGAUAGCACAUUUUAAAGGAAAUCUUGUGAGCAAACCCUUUGUUUGGAGCAACUAGUGUACUAAAAGUGCAGGAAGCAACCUUUUAAGAUACACCGCAAUCUUCCUCAGGCUUAUAUGAUGAAGAAAACUGGUGGGAGGAGGAGAGAGGGAGAAGAAGGAAAGAAGGAUGUUUCUAGCUAGAGGUUUAAGUGAAAAAUGUCCUGCAGCAAGUGCAGUUAUAUUCUUAAGUCUUGCCCACCUUUAAAAAAAAAAAAAAUCCAGCCCAUGGAAGAUUUCUGUAUAAUUUGCAAGCCUGCACCAGUUGUCCCAAAUGAAGGUCUUGUCUCAGUUGCUCUGUGUUAUCCUAUGGAUCCAAAGUGGCUACAAUGAUGCUGAACUCUUGUUAGCUCUCGAUCCGCUAGGACGCCGUGCGGCAGCCUUUGGAGUCCUUGUCACAGAGGCUCCUGGGUCACUGUCCCACGUGUGAAAAUGCCUUGGACAAAGAAAAAGGAGUAAAACCCUCCUGUUGAACUGUGUCCAAGGAGCUGGCAGUAUAAACAGGAAUUCACUCCUGUAGGACAUAGUGACGGCCGCUAGGCAAGGUGGCACUUUAAGAGGGAUUUCCCCAAACGUUAGAGGAUAGAACUAUCGUAGUUUUAAUAGGCAGGACAGGUAAGAGUGGGGACCUCUAUAGGAUUGAAGGAAGCUGCAAUGUACUGAGUCAGACCAUCUAACUGUUGCCUGGCCGUGUCAGCAGGGGUGAAGCCAGGGGAUGAACCUUGGACACCCAGUCACUGAGCGAUGGCCCUACCCCAUUGCUCAGAGGCAGCCCGCCAUCUAAGUGCCAGCUGUGAGAGCCAUGGGCUCCAUGCCCUGCUUGCGAGCUGCUCCUGGCCAGCGGCAUCUCUGGUGCAGGUGAUUAAGAUUACCUCCACAGUGGAGCCCCACCCCCAGUGCUGCGGAGGCAUGGCUGUCCAGCAAUCGGAUGCAGAAUUCGGAUGGAAGACCCGCCCAGCACUUUAGUCUAGCAGUGUAUUCUCCUUUGAAAGAAUCUGAAAUGCCAGCCCCCACGGGCAGCAUCCUAAAUAGCAAGUCCUCCCUUCAGCCUUGUAUUUAAGCAUUCGCCUGGCAGCCUAGGCGACAAGGAACUGCAUGUGGGCAAGCGUGUGGAAUUGCAUGCCAGUGUGCAGACAGGCUGGGGAAUGAGAGUCAGAGCACUUGGCAUAGAAAUGUGGCAGGCUGCUGGAGGACAGGCGGAGCUCUGUAUCCCAACUCUGCCGCCCUGGGCUCCUGCUGGGAGGAAGGGCGGAAUAUAAAUCAAAUAAUAAUCAUCAUCAUCAUAAUAAAAAACGCAGCUACACCCCCAGCAGGCUAUGAACUGAAGUGGGUUUAUUUGCAAGGCUGCCUGAAGUCAGUUUCUGUUCCCUGCUUUUUCACAGGGGCAGGGAGGGUUCAGUUAUUGGGUUCUUCUUUGCAGGCAGAGCAAAUGCUUAAUGUGUUUUUUACUUUGCUGUCUUAACAAAUAACAUUAGAAAAAUUUAAUGAAUUGUCGUGGCUGCAAAAUAGAAGCCAGUAAAUACAUGCACACCGUUUGCAGGAGGACAGGAACUGACCAACGAAAAGCUGCUGCAGGUACACAGAUGAAUGGCAAGCAGCUAAUACAGAGUAUAUCAAUUGAAAUAAUAAAAUAAAUAAUAAAUAGCUGAAGCCAAGAAGCUGCUUGAAAGGAAGGCGCAAGGAGUAAACAACUAAUGAAAGGGCCAGUCGCAGACAGAAGCCACAACAGCACAUUGCCAGCCCACACUGGACAGUCUAGCUCUCCUGUUGCGUUUUAAGAGCACAGCAUGGCCACAAUUCAGGGCUGAAAAAAGAUGGGGGGAGAACACAGGAUCCAUUGAAAUACAAUGCUUUGACAAGGACACUGUCUGGAUUCUCCACAAAAAGUGAGACUGAAUUGCGCUCCUUUUGGAGAAAACAGCAAGUGUGAAUUUAAAGGGCAAUGGUCACCUAGUAUAGACUGUCACUGUUCUUAAGAUCCCAGCAGUAAAUAGGCUUUGUCGUUGAUUAGCUUUUAAAGUUCCAUUUGGAAGUUGAUCAUUUGCAUGAGGGACAUUUGUGGUUUUUUAAUCUGUGAUUAUAUAUAAACCCAUCCCAGAGUUGCAAGGAUGAACUGCUUUGCAUUGAGUUGUGGGUCAGGUUUCUGAGCUGUCUGUGGUCUGCAUUUUCCAAAGAAAUAAUUAUUGGAGGGAAUUCACUGGAUUGCUGAAUGCCCAAUUAAACCCAAGUUUGUGCACAGUCCCUGUCCCACUCGUCUAAGAUACUUGCUAUGGGGUGGCUGUGAGUUUCUGCAAACUGGAAGAGAGUUGCAGUGAAAUCCUGUCCAUGUUUACACAGAAGUAAAUCCCAUUAAGUUCAGGGGGACUUGGUAAGUGUCAUUGGGAUUGUAGCCUGCUUUUGUUUACUUUAAAAAAACAAACCUUGAGAUCAUCAGUUUCCCACAAAUGAAUUUGCAUAGAUAUGUGUAAGCAGAAUAGUAAUUUUUGUGGAUUGGACAUUUUGUGUACCUUUUUGAUUUACACGACUGAAUUAAUUCCCCUUCAGUUUCUCAUAAACGGAACACGCAGUAGCAAAGGACGGAUGAUACUCCCUCUUCCCAAGUGCCCUUAAAAGACUGGCGUUGGUUCCGGUUGACAAAGCUGCUUAAUUCAGCCUUCCCCACCCUGGAGCCUUGCAGAUGUUCUGGACUCCAAACUCCCAUCAGCCCCAGCCAGCACAGCUGAGCUCUGGUAGGCAGGUUUCUACAUAAUCCACGUGUGUGUUUUCCUUAUAAAGCUUGCUCUGCACUGUGAAUUGUCAUCUGUUUCACUCUUUUGUAUUUUAGAAUGGGUGGUCUCAUAACACCACUCGUUUUUCACACAUCAGACUGAAAAUCCAAACUCCACAUGAGGAUUCCCUGGAGGAGGUAGGAUUUGAAACUAGAUCUCAGUCCAGCAUGCCACUUGAAGGCUCAGCCUGACUGGUGAAUGCACCAGUCUGCAUGCUAAACUGUGUGCAUAUGAAUAUAGUCACUCAAUCCUACCGGGAGGAAGGGCGGGAUAUA